CGGAAUUGUAGUUGUGAAAGAGUGAUUAAUUGCCAAAAAGUUAAUUUACAGGGUUUGCAUCUUCUUUACAGCGUGUACGGACAUUUUCAUUCAUAGUUAAAUAACGAACGUUGGCAAUCCAGUAGUGGGCGGGUCCGCUUCUGUCACGAAGAAGCAAAGAGAGGGAGAGUAGGCGUAAACACCUCGUUUGUUCCGUAUGAUGGUUGAUGUGGCGCUUGGAUAAGCCGGUCGUUUGUGGGUGUAGAUAAAAAGAGAUUGGUUCAUGAAAGUACAUAUGCUAGCUUGCAGAAGAAUAUUUAUAAAUGUAGAAGAAUAAAGUCCAAAUAAAUCGAAUAAUAAUGGAUUUGAAAGGGAAGGUUGCUCUCAUAACCGGUGGAGCUUCAGGGAUCGGACGAGCGUACGCUGUGGAAUUGUUACGACAUGGGGCAAAAGUGGCUGUUUGUGAUAUAAACACAGACGUUGGAGAAACAUUGGUUCAGCAACUGUCAGAAAAAUAUGGCAAAGAUAGAGUGAUAUUUUGCAAUUGUGAUGUCACUGAUUAUCCCCAAUAUGAAGAAUCCUUCCAGACCACAGUUUCAGUGUUUGGAGGCCUUGAUGUUGUUAUCAACAAUGCUGGUAUAAUGAAUGAUCGAUUUUGGGAAUUAGAAGUUGAUGUUAAUUUGAAUGGAGUGAUACGAGGAACUCUACUGGCUCUUCGUUUUAUGGGAAAAGAUAGAGGAGGAAGAGGUGGAACAGUUGUUAACACAGGAUCUAAUGUUGUUGUAAAACCUUACGUCAGUAUUCCUAUAUACACUGCUACAAAACAUGCUAUUAUAGGAUUCACUCGUUCUUUUGGGGAUCCUUAUCACAUGAAUAUGACUGGAGUCCGAGUGAUUGGCAUAUGUCCUGGUGCUACGGAAUCAGAUCUCAUAAGUAGUGAAGUAAAGAAGCAGCUAUUAUCAUCUGAUUUCGAGAAAGCUUGGCAAAAAGAUACUAGUAAUAGCUCACCACAAAAAGCUGAACAUGUUGCCCGAGCAUUGAUCCAAUUGUUACAAAGAGCUGCUAGUGGAUCUGUAUGGAUGGUUGAGAAUUCACAGCCUGCACGUGAAAUUAAUUUUACUACACAGUAACUGAAAACAACAAUCAUCGAAAAAUGGUACCCUACAUAUCCAUCCCUGAUAGGUGCAAGACGUCUGUGCUUUGAAUCUGAUCUUUGUUUGAUUCCUAUUUCUAGUCAGUAGAUAGUAUUGAAAAUUUUUCAGCGCUUUUCUGGAUCAUUAGUAAUAGACUUGUAAGCCAAGCGAACUGUGUACUGCAUCUGUGGUGUUCUGCUUUGAUAGCAUGAAUUUAGAAUAUUGUAUAAAUGAGGCAGUUUUGUGUAAUAUUUUUUAUAGGAAUUCUUGAUAAUUUGUUAUAAAAUUAAAUACUCUUUAGUCCAUUUGCAAUGUUAUCUCCUUUCCUUCUUUCUUGAACAGUGAUGACACUGGUAGUUUGUUAGAAAAAACAUUCUGUGGCAUGUUCUUAGAAGUCCAUAUUUGGUACUAUUGAAUCGGUCUAGUCUGUCCAUUUUAUUGUAAUAUUGUUCAUGUUUCACAGAAUGUUUGUACAUCAGAGCAGUUGCAAUGCAAUUUCAUCCAAGAUGUAAAAAUAUAUUAUGUUUAUAUUGUAUACUUUUUAAUUUUCAAAAAUCAUUGUGAUACUUUUCAGACUGAUGUGUGUAUGCUGAUUUGUGAGUUGGUUAAAUUGUGUAAUAAUUAAUACAGAAAAAUUAUCUUGAUACAGUUGAUGACUUUGUGAUAAAUUAUAAACUAAGACUUUGCAAUUUCAUUUGAAAUGAUUGUGUUGAUGAAAUACAGUAUUGUAGAUAUGUGAAUGCAUGAGGAUAUUGGAAGACUUUACAAAUAAUGAGGGUAGGCAGUAGAACAACAAAACAUAGUAAAUUCUGUGGAAGUUACAAAAAUGUUAAUUCCUUACCACAUAAUUCAAUUUGCCCUCUGGAGGAUACUGCAAGGUCAUUACACAGCAAAAAAUGUUAAUGCCAAUUUGAGCUUCACUUAACACGUUCAGUAUCCAAGGUAUUAUAAAGAAAUGCAUAUUUAGAUAAUAAGUUGAACCAAAUUCAGAGAUCAGAUUACAUUCUCACUUUAAGGAUUCUUAACAUCAGACAUGCGUCAUGAAAUUUUUGUAAACUUAUUAUAAAUAACUUUAGCUUUAAGAAAAAUUAAUAAACUGGUAUAAAAAAGUAUUUUUUUAAUAAGUUCUGUUUUAAAUAUUUUGAUUAUAUGAAAAAUUGAAUCCAGCUUAUAUAUUGCAAAAUAAUGGGCUAAUAUUUAUUUAUCAUGUUAAUUUAAAAAUUAUUCCUUGUAAGGAAAUGAUCUUUGGAAUGAAAUAGUAAAAAAGAGAAAUUACUUUUGAUGUUUAUUUGUGAAACUAUAAUAUGUGGUUUAAAAAAACAGCACAACUCACAUUCACUGUUAGUGGUUUUACAGCCAAUUUUGGAUUUUGCUUUGCAGAUUUCACUCCCCAUUCAAAAUCAUUGCGUUUUUUCUGAUUUUUCAUGUUAUGUCUAAUAUGUUUAAACAAAAUGUUGAGACGAGGAUUAGUUGCUAGAGAAAAGUUCAUUUUCAAUUUCCAUCAAUUCUCUAGUAACAAAUAUACAAUACAGUCAAUGUCAGGGCUGGUAAUGGGGAAGUUUCAAGAGCCUGGGCAUUAGACAAUGAAUAUUUUUAAUUAUUACCACUAAUUGAUUUACUUUUCUUCUCUGGCUGUUUUGCUGUGAAAGAAUUGUAAACAAUUGCCAUUCCUGCAAUCACAGUUGCUAGUGCAAAAUAUAUACCAUAAUUUUGUAGUUUAUCAUCUGGACUUCUGACUCUCUCUCUUUUUUUCAAUGAUGGUGAAUGUGUUAAGAAGGAUAUUUUGUGUAUAUUCUUCAAGAAUGUGAUUUUACAAUUUUGUAUAAAGCCUGUUAUUUGUCCAAUCUAAUAAGUAGUACUACCACAUACAGUUUCAGCAUUGGUAUUGAUGAAUUAGCAUUGCAUUAAUGGGACAUGUUAGAAGAAAGGAAGUUUACUUUUUUCUCUUUCUUAUUUCUCGUAAAAGAUACUGCCAUCUUUCCAUGACUUAUACUUCCAACUUCCUCAUGUAAACAAAUGAAAUUGUGAAAAAUAAUUAACCCCUUAAUGCACUUAAGAGUCGUUCCAUCUGGUACCCUAACACUUUUGUUUUGUAAUUUGGAAUGCUAUUCUCAAACCCCCAAACUGAAUUUGAGUACCGUUCAGCAAAAAAGAAACAAUUUUCUAGAAUCAAGUCUUUUCAGUUAUGCAGUUUCAUUUUUCACUCGAUAUUUUCAGUCUUUACAUUUUAAUUAAUUCAUUGCAAGAAAUUCAGAGAGAAUGAACAUAACAAGCUUCAUAAUUUUCUGUCAAUCGUUCCUUCCACUUUAUUAUACUGCAGUGUGUGGGUGAACUAGUUCAUGAUACCAAAUAAUAUAAUGUCACAUUGGUGUCAUACAAAAGCAAAGGAAACUUGAAUUUACAUGCUCAAUUAAAUCCUUCAGGAUGUGAAGUAUGAUGAAUAAAUCAAAAAGAAUAAAACAUUUCGAUGGGUUAGAUUGUAUUUCAUUUGGUAGCCAAAAAAUAAUUAUCUUUUUAUUACAUGAUAGAACCUGUAUCCAAUUAGGAAGAUUUUGUAAUCUCAUUAUUUUCACGAAAAGAAUCACAACUGACAGAUUAAGGAAGUAAAUUUUAGAAAUACCAGUAUUAGUAAAAUCCAGAGCUAUAAUUUAAAGACCUCCAAAUUUGAACUCUCAAAGAGUGUUGAUUCGGCAAAUAGAAACUGAAGGAAGGGUUGGAAGAGAAAACAUUUUUCCUAUUUAUCUACGAGUUAGUAAUGUUAUUUUUAUGCUAUGAACAUAUUUCUUUAAUGUAUUUAUGUUAUUAUCAUAAGUGAAAAUAUCACUAAAAAAAAAGUAGUGCUGCUACAACAGCACAUACUUUCUUGUAUAAUUAGUAACAUAUAUCUGGGCGAUGGUGUAACGGUUAGCAUACCGGACUGUUGUACCCAAGUUUGUGGGUUCAAAUCC